CUCUCUCUCUCCGAACUUUAAAAAGGAGUAAAACCACCCGUAGCCAGCCCUUCUUGUUCUCACGGACACUCCGGUGUUCUGUACCCCUCUCUCGCCCCAACUUCGCCGCCAUACUUUCUUCUGAAAGGGUUUCUAACUGUGAAGAUUUGCUUUCCUCCGUUUGGUUUCCCUGAAAUGCGGAGAAGAUGAAAUUGAAACCUUUUCAGUCCGUGAGAAUAUUUUUCUUUUUAAUGAAGCAGUCGUAAAGAGGGACUGGAACUUGUUGAAGCUGUGGGGAUCAUUGGCUGAAAAGUUGCUUGACAGUGAAAAUUGACGAUUCUGUCUUGGGGUUACAGUGAUAUUCACUUAACACGGCCUUAAAGUUCUCAAGGUUUCAGGAGCUGACAUUUAUGUAACUUUUCCUGUUUGGUUGUCCAGCUGAACAUACUCUAUGCUCUAUUAGAGCAAAGGUAGUAUUUUAUUGUGGGCAAGAUGAGCAGAUCUAUUCGAGUAAAAGAAAAGCAUGAAAGAAGUAGCGCACAUUCCCUACAUGAUCGUGAUGAAGGAAGUGCUGCGCGGACAAGGCCUUUCAGCUUUGAAGAGAUUAUGCUUAGAAGGGAAAACAAAAAAUCGUCUGAAAGCUUGAAAGAGGAGGCCAUCAAAGUGGGAAACAUAUCAAAGGAAGGAAUUAUUGAGAAUGUUUCUGAUCAAUUUGAAUCUGAAAAGGGUAAAAAAUACAAUAGAAGCUCUUCCCCUAUUGUCGAAAAGCAUGCCUCAGAGAAAUCACUGAAAAUGAGUUCCAGAAAGAAAGAAGAGAAUCUCUUCAUGAAGAAAGAUGCCUUAUUUAAGGGAAAGAACAGAGAAAGUCAUGAGUUGGAUCGAAAGUUGAAGGAUAAACAGAACAAAGAUAUGAAUUACAAAGCUAAACUAGGAAGAAACGGCAAACAACAUGGUAGGAGAAAAGAUGAAGAGUGGUUUGCCAGUGAUGCUGCAAAUGAGGCUGAAAAGAAGCAUUCAAGAGAUUUGGUCACUAGGGAGAGGCAUGCAGAUAGAAUAAGAGGAGACUCUGAAAGAGGAAACAAGCGAAAAUACAGAAAUGGAGAUGACGAGAAAAGUAGAGACAGGAAUACUGUAAAGAAACAUGAACUUGGAAAACAGCGUGAUUUAGAUGUUUCAGAGAUAAAGGAGAGGAAGGAAUCAUCAAAAUCACAUUAUGAGGAUUCAAGGUCGAAAAGGAGACGUUCAAGGAGUCGAGAACAUGAGGACCGAAGUAGAAGGUCCAUUUCACUAUCACCUAGGGCACACAAGCAUAAAUCCCAUCAUGGUGGGCAGCACAGAGAGUUGUCCUCACAUUCUCUUAAAGAUAGGUCUGGAAGACAAGAUUCUGAAAUUGACAAAAAUAGAGUAUCAAUUAAUGGUUCAAGUAGCCAUUAUCAGAGACAUGGUGGAUACACAAGUGGCCUUGGUGGCUAUUCACCAAGGAAGAGAAGAAUUGAGGCUGCCGUUAAGACUUCUUCCCCGUCUGAUCAUUCACCAGAGAAAAAAAGUGCCGGGUGGGAUCUCCCACCUGUGAAAACAGCUGCCCUUUUUUCUGGUCCAGUUCCAUCGUAUUUUCAGUUAUUAAACCAGGCUGUGGCCUCAACUGUAAAUGACACAGCCAAUGCUUUUUCUGUUGCUUCAACUACAAUGAAGUCUCUUUCUGGGGUGGCAAACACAUUUGCAACAAGGACGAAUGCCUCCAUAGACUCUGUCCAACUAACUCAGGCUACCCGGCCUAUGAGAAGGCUUUAUGUUGAAAAUAUACCAUCUUCAGCCUCUGAAAAAGAUGUAAUGGAAUGCUUCAAUAAUUUGUUGAUGUCUUCUGGUAUUAGCCGUAACCACCCAUGUUUCAAUUGUACUAUAAACAAGGGCCAGGCUCUUGUUGAAUUUCUUACACCUGAGGAUGCCUCUGCAGCCCUUUCUUUUGAUGGCAAUUCCUUCUUUGGCUCCAUUCUAAAAAUUAGACGGCCCAAAGACUUCAUUGAAGUGGCAACUGGUGAUCUGGAGAAAUCAGUGGCUGCAGUUGAUACAAUCAGUGACAGGGUCGAGGAUUCACCUAACAAGAUAUUCAUUGGUGGAAUUUCAAAGUAUAUUUCAUCAAAAAUGCUUAUGGAGGUUGUUAGUGUCUUUGGACCUUUGAAGGCCUACCACUUCGAGGUCAAUAAAGAACUCAGUGAACCAUGUGCUUUUCUUGAGUAUGUAGACCAAUCAGUUACUCACAAAGCUUGUGCUGGUUUGAAUGGUAUGAAGUUGGGAGGGCAAGUAUUAACUGUAAUGCAAGCUAUGCCUGGUGCAUCACUCUUGGAAAAUGAUGGAUAUUCUCCGUGCUAUGGGAUCCCUGAGCAUGCAAGGUCACUUCUCAAACAGCCCACAGUAGUCCUAAAGCUUAAAAAUGUGUUCGAUCCUGAGGCUUUGUUAUCACUGUCCGAUCCAGAUGUGGAAGAAGUUUUGGAAGAUAUUCGGUUGGAGUGUGCAAGAUUCGGCACUGUUAAAGGUGUUAAUUUUGUCAAGAACGGCAACAGUCACAUCACCACCUUAGACGGAUUCGAAGUUAUAGAGGUUAGGGAAUCUGCUGGAGCCUUGCAAGAUUCAUUGUGCAAUGACAGAAGAGAAGAAACAAACACCUCAAGAAAAGAUGUUGACCAUGAGCCCAGGCAAAUUAGUGAGUUAGAUGUUCCGAGUGAUAUCAAAGAAAUUAAAGAUGUUGUGAAAUCGAAUUGCUUUGGUGAUGAUAAACCUACUGAUGAUAUUGGAGAGGACACGUACCAAAAGGUUCAGCUCGAUAAUAACAUGGUAGCUGAAGACCUAGGCUGUAAGAACAUUUCAGAUAGCAUCCCUACAGAACUCCCCGUCCAGCUGAACGGUCAGGUUGAUCCAUUGGAUUUUCAUGAUGAAAAUGUUGGUGAAAUUAUUCAAGUGAAAGACAUUAGUUUGGAUAGAAAAUUCAAGGCUGAAGAUCAUUCGACUUUGGAGGGCACUGACGGUAAGUUACAGGAGGCUUCUGCUGAAUUGGAUUGUAGCCUGGUUAUGGAAGCAGGUGCUAUGGAGAGGGGUGGCAUUGAGGAACUGGAUUAUGAUCUUGGACAUGUAUUUGAGCCAUGGUGUGUUUUUGUGGAGUACGGAAGAACAGAAGCCGCUUGCAUGGCAGCGCAUUGUUUACAUGGACGGCUUUUUGAUAACCGAGUUGUGGCAGUGGAGUACAUUGCUCUUGAUCUCUAUAGGUCAAGAUUUCCAAAGUGAAGUCGCUUGGAUGGUUACACUACUGGUUACAGUUUCCAGUGCAUUGAGAACAGUAAAGGAUAAAUUUGAAAAAUGGGUCCUCAGCACGUUUGGUUGUGUUUCGUUUGGGAGGAUGAACUCAACAGUUGGUUUUGGUUUCGAAACCUCGGAGGCAAUUACUUGUUUCUAAAAUUUUGAUCUGCCCCAAACGGCCAAAUCCAGGCGUAUUUUGGAAUGCCAAUUAAGUGGGAACUGGUUGUCAAUUUGCUAAAAUCAUACGGAAAUGGUUCAUAUUGGCUGUGUCUGGUGGGGGUGCUUGGCUUUUAACUAGUAACUAGUUGCUGGUUCCUCCCUCCUCUGAGAUGAUUUACAUUCUGAAUGUCACGUCUAGACUGUUGUUAUUAGUAGAGGAUGAUGAUGAUGGGAUAGAUAAGGGCUACUGCUGAUGUGAUGUAAUUAGUUAUUAGGUGUUGCUUACUCCACUGGCUGUAUUAACUUCAUUCCGUGGAGGGAUUUUUCCCCAUAUUUAAAUUUGUAUAACCAUACACUUAUCGAUUGAUGUAGGCGGCGGCUUGAUUUGAGACCCAAGCCUACCGCCGCCGCUGCUUCUCCAGAAACAUACAAUCACGAUGAAUUUUUUCUUUU